AUCAUAUGCAACGACAUUGUUUUAAUGAAUCAGACAUUCCAAUGCGUUAAUGAGUCCGCCCACUGAUGACAACCGUGAACUUUCUGCGCGAGUAACUCAUUUGAUUCUUUGUCCUUUUGUGCGACUAUACGCCAGACAAUGGACUACGAGGAUCAGGUUAGAGAAGUUGUGUCCAACGCCCAGUUUGGAGAUCUAAUCGAAUUCUCGUAUCCGAUUGGAUAUUCACAUUGGGGCGUGUACGAUGAUGACGGGCACGUGAUCCAUUUUGCUGUGGCAGACGAGGGACGCCUGAAGAGCGUUGUCCGCGGCUACAUCCAGACCGUGUUCCCGGUGUGCGGUGACCUACUGCUUGGUGAGACAAAGAUAAGGCGACAGCUCGUCGCCGAUGUUAACGUACCCAGCGGGUCUAAUGUUAUGAUCACCAACAACCGUCACGCGCGUCACAAGUCUUCUGAGGAAGAAAUACGGCGCCGUCGGGACGCGCUACUGGAACGGGAGCUGACGUAUAAGCUCUUCACCCUGAACUGUGAACACUUCGCCACUUUUGUGCGAUUCGGCCAAGCCGUGUGCAACCAGAUUCCAGGAAAGAGUAAGAACGUGGAGUGUAAGGAGGCGACGGAGGUGUUCCAAGACAUUGUGUCUACUGUGUCCUGAAAAGAGCAGAAAUGAUCGUUUUUCAUAGUAUGCUGUUUUCCUUGCUGUAAAAAUGUACAUUUACCCCUUCUUAUGUUAACAAUACACAAUGAAAACAC